AUGGACCGCAUCCCGGGUUCAAAAUGUUCGGUGAUGGUGUCGACAGUGUUGUCGACAAUCUCCCUGCUUGCCCUCAUCAUCUGGCUGCCCAUCCUACACUCGUCCAUUCAACGCCAAACAGCCGACAUGAUCGCCCAGGUCGAUUUGUGCAAGAUGGAAUCGCGUGAUAUUUGGAAGCAAAUGACGGUGAUUCCGGGAGCUCGUGCUCGUUCUGCCCGCCAAGCUGGCCCCUCAUCCGGCCGUCAAUAUUCGUAUGGAGCACGAGGGAAUGGAGCAUGUUGUGCCUGUACACAGGGACCACCUGGACCACGCGGAAAUUCUGGAAAGGAUGGACAGCCUGGUGGUGACGGCGAGCCGGGAGAUCCGGGAAGGGAUGGACAUUCUGGGAAUUAUCUUCCCGCUCCACCAGCCGAGGAGAGGGCUUGUCAGAAGUGUCCGCCUGGACCUCCUGGACCACCUGGAAUGCCUGGAAAUAAGGGAGAUCGUGGCCAGCCUGGCCAUCCGGGCAAAUCGGGCCGUAACGGCGAGAACAACCGUCCAGGCCCACCCGGACCCCCGGGAGUACGAGGCAAUCCGGGUCCACCCGGUCCGAAGGGACCGAGAGGAGACAGGGGAAAGGUCCUCAAUGGUGCCCCGCCAGGCCCAGCCGGCCCGGCCGGAAAAAUGGGCCCCCGAGGCCCGGCUGGAGGCAGGGGAAUUGAUGGGAAACCCGGAUUGGCUGGAAUGGGAGGCAUUAGAGGGGCUGUGGGAGACAGAGGAGAUUCGGGAGAAGCCGGACUGGCCGGACCCCAGGGACCGAAAGGCGAUCAGGGAAUGCCCGGAAGUUGUGGACAUUGUGAAGGUGUCAUGGAAAAGCCGAAAGAUUCGGCAGCAGCCGCCCCCCAACCAACCCCGGCCCCUGAGAAAGAAACCGUUACAGAACCCGCUGCCCCGUCAGGAAAUACGGAGCCGAAAGCCGGUGCGGCAAACGCCGGAAAACAGGAAUAUUGGUGGUGG